AUGAAACUGGGUGUACCGCGGAGCAAAGCUUACGGGCUGAAACCAGGGCUCAUUGCGUUUACUAUCGCCACGAGGAAUAACGAGGAAAUGCAGACUGAGUUGAUGUACCGAAAACCAAUGAUAACAACACGCGGAAUGUCGUCGUUAAACACGAGUGUCCACCGUCUGAAGAGAGAGUCUCCGAAAGACUCAAGAGAAACAAUUCACUCGGGUCAUUUUAUGGUCUCGGACUUUGAAGCCGAGGCUCAGGAUGACGAAGACGAGCUUGCUGUACCAGUACCUGAGGAGGAGGCUGUUAGAAAUACUACAAUAGCACCAGUGGGUCUCACUCCGGAAAAAUUAAUGCCGAAAUCUUUGAUUGAAAAUUCAUUAAAUAAAUUAUUUCAGUGCAUGUCAUUGGCUUACAGUCAUAUUAAAACAAAAUACUUUGGCUGUGGUGCUCGAGGGCAAAUACUGGAAGCGAAAACUCGCGGCUGUUACGGCUGAGUAUAAAAAAUGGCGUAUGUUUUAUCGAAACAAAAUUCUGGGAUGGACCAACAAGGAUGGGAUGCUGGAGUCAAUGGAUAUGUUAGAUUGGGACACCGGUGGAAUGACACCAUCAUCUUGUUUUUCUGGGAGCAUGAUUUCACACGGCGGAGUGAGUGGUAUGCAAGGCCCGGAUAGUAUGAUGGUCGAUGAAGAUUACAUGGAUUUAAUGACAGACACAUUGUUCUCAACAAUAACUGCCAACCAGCCGUAUCAUUUUCCUGACACCCGUGAAAUUGCAAGAGGAGCGAGUCUCGCCGACUUUAUCCAACCGAGUCUCGGGCCGCUGCAGCCGAACCUGGACGACUUUAUGGACACUCUGGAGCCUCUGCAAGAAUUUUUAAACUCAAAACUCCCAUCAGUGCCCGAGGAAGAGGACAUCUUCCGAAAUGGGACUCUUAACAGCAAUUACUCGGACAAUUACUCCGAGUUAAUGGCGUCUAUGAAUCAAAUCAACCAGGUGGCCCAAUUGUCAGAAGCUUCUAAUGACGUAGCGGUCCAGCAAUCGUUGCGUCAAGAGCAAAGCGACUUGCAGAGUCUCCAGUACACUGCUAAAAUUUACACCCAGACGCAAGACUACCGCGGCAACGUCGUCGACUCGUACUCCAGCCGCCAGCCUUACGAGAGUCAGAGUCCCUUGAAGGAAAAAUCCCGGGGAAGAUCUACGCAUCGCAACCGCGUGAUCCAGCAGCCGUUUAAUCAAAACCCGCAAGUUAUUUAUCAAACUCCUUCACGCAGUUACAAUUCUCAGGAGCUCCAGCCUCUGCUUAAUACUAACAGCCAAGCUAUGAAUUUAAAUUCGAGUCAAAUUACCAUGGACAAUGUCAACCUGGUCACUAAUUAUUCUCUUCCACAAGAGUCACAGCCUCAGCAGCGCGCCUUAAGGCCCAUGCCGCAAAUUUCUGAUCCGUUUAAGAUUGUGCCUCAGACUUACAAAUUACCCACUACUACUUUAACUUCUUCGUCGAGCUCUUCUACGUCGUCUUCGUCGCAGUCAUACAAUCAGUACAAAUAUAAGUGUAAUUCAAAAGUAGCAGCCCAACCAGUGACAGUAACCGUCUCCUCAACAAACCCAUCUCAACCGCACAUUCUCCUGCAAUGCAAGCCAUCAGGUCUGGACCUAUCAACAUCUCUCCCGCCUCAAAAAAUAAUCCCCCGCCCAUCUGGAGGUUGUUCCUCGACUCCGGAAAAAGAGGACAUAUUUGCGGUGCCAAAGUACCAGAUGAAGGCUCGGAAUCGUUCACGGAGCAGCUCGGCGCUUUCCGUCACCAGGAAUCACCCGGCGCCUUUGGUAUCAGCAGUGAGCGACCCGGCAUUAAAUAUCAACAACAAUGUCCUGCUGGCCCACCUGUUGACCAACAACACGACCGGGUUAUAUACAGUGACCAGCGGCCCGGAAAAAAUUAUCACCACUGUGUCCAACCCGACGAUGACCAACCCGGGUAUUAAAAAUAUCCUUCCUAUUAAUAUGCUGCCCAGCAAUCCUGGGGUCAGUGUCCAGACUCUGGCGAGUUCAGUUGGAGUCCCAGCUGGACAAUCUGCGAUUCAACGCGGGUUGACAAACCCAAUUCUUUCUGGCGUGAACCAAAGUCCGAGUCCCAGUCAAGUGCCAAGCCAGCAGCAGAACAGUCCCGGGUCACCGAAUGAUUCUUCUGCUCACAGUCCCCAAGCUCUGAGUAUAAGUCCUCUUCACAGUCCCAUGAGCAUCGGCAGUCCUCUGUCGCCAUCUAGGAUUUAUGUCAAAGGAGAGUCCAGCGAGCGGGGACAGUACAAAGAGUCCCGGCGCGUUGGGCACAUUCAUGCUGAACAAAAGCGGAGGUACAAUAUUAAAAAUGGCUUUGAUACUCUUCAUAGUCUUAUUCCGCAGCUGAACCAGAAUCCUAAUGCUAAGCUCAGUAAAGCUGCCAUGUUGCAAAAAGGCGCGGAGUAUAUCAGGCAGCUGAGGAGCGAGAGAAAUUUGUUGAAAGAAGAAAUGGAUAGCUUGAGGCAGGAAAUUGAUUCUCUUAAUACUUCUAUUAGUAAUAGUCAGUCUCAAUUACCGGCAACAGGAGCACCUGUAUCUCGGCAGAGGUCUAAUAAAAUAAAGGAAAUGUACGAUGAUUAUGUCCGCAAACGUACUCAAGAAAAUUGGAAAUUUUGGAUUUUCAGUAAAGUUUUGGAGUCAUUGUUGAUUUCAUUUAAUGGUACUGUAUCAACAGCGAGUAUCAAUGAUCUUUGUAGAAGUACUGUUAUGUGGGCUGAUCAAUAUUGUGCUCUUGUAGACCUUAGACCAGCUGUAUUGAAUUCAUUAAGGUAUCUAUGUACAGCAACAGACAUACUAACAGAUCCUGAGCGCUUACCUGAAGAAGCUCUGGCAGCUGUUAAUCGUACAGACAAACAAAAAUCAACUCAACAGUAA